AUGCUGGAGUCUCAUUCUACCGAGGGCACGCCCUCGUUCAAGGGGAGUGCGAUGUUGCUGAUGGCCGAGAGCGAGGAGCAGGCGAAAGAGCUCCUGAGCAAGGAUAUCUAUGUUCGGAGUGGAGUGUGGGAUUUGGAGAAGGCGCAGAUUAUUCCGAUCUGGUCGCAUGUACAACAUGCAUGUGACUACAGCUUUGCCUUGGGCUGGAGCAUCGCCUCUGCUACCUUGCGUCGCUGUAUCUUCCCCGUUGCCGUCUUUGGAAUCUGCGUGAUUAUCCAGACCUGUUGUAUGCUGUAA